UUUCGUCGACGUUGUUUUAGCGCAUAACUGCCUGCGAUCUGUGUUGUGAAAGAUACGCCGUGUUUGUCGAACCAACACUUGGACUCCGCUCCGUGUUUUAUUACAACCCGCUAGUUUUAAGAGAACGGCAAGGAAAACAAACAGGUCGACAGAAGAAAGAUAUCGGUUGCCGGUCGGUCGGACUGAGAGGUUGUCUAGCGUAGAAUCGCACACGUUGUAACGGUGCACUGGUCGCAUGUCUUAACGAUGCACGUUCACGGCCGCGCGGCUUUGCAUGAACGCGGAACAAAUGGUGAAAUAUGUGGAUGCGCUCCAGAGCUGUGAAAAUGUUGGCGUAUUAUUCUCAUGUUCGGCCCAUAUUGUUGAUUAUGAUGUUUACAGAGCUCGCGCUCGGUUCGUUCGGGGUUUGUCAACGUGACAUUUGUUAUUUUUAAAACGACAUUAUUGUGCAGCGGGCGAACUGAUUAGACUUUGGGCAUUUGGGGAUAUCGUUGCUACAAAAACUAUGCAUACGCGGCGGCUCGUGAAGCGCUCCGUCAUUGGGAGCCGCGUGUAUGCGCCGGGUCUACCGGGAGACGCGGCACCGCUCACGGGAGUCAUCCAGGCUGUCAAACAGGACAACACAGAUGCUGCAACCGGCCAUCGGCGCAACGUGUACACUGUGCUUAUGCAAGACGGAAGCUUGAAAGAAUACUCCGAGGAAGAGAUCGCACAGAUGACUGCGAAAGGACCGCUGAAGUCGAGUUUGAAGAGCACCUGUAACGGUAGCCAGCGGGACGGGCCCACACAAGGCCAGAAUGGAGGUGUGCAGAGAGGAGAUGCCCCUUCCCUGAGCCCGGAGAACAUGGAGGAGCCACGGGUGCUGGAGCACAAGCGAAUGGGCCGGGCACUGGAGCUGGAGAAGGACCACACCCGCUCCGUUUCUCUGUUGGAACAGAAACGCAAGGUGGUCUCGUCCAGCAUCGAUGUACCACAAGCCAGAAAGUCAGAGGAGGAAGACAUGGACAAAGUGACAGCUGCCAUGGUGCUGACCAGCCUGUCCACUAGUCCUUUGGUGCGGAGUCCUCCUGUAAAGGUUAAUGAAGGCCUGAAUGGCUCUUGGAAGGAUGGAGGCUUCACCCCGUCCAGCUACAGCAGCAGUGGGUACUGGAGUUGGAGCGCACCCAGUGACCAGUCCAACCCCUCGACGCCGUCCCCGCCCCUGUCCGCUGAUAGCUUCAAACCCUUCCGCAUGCCCAGCCUCAACGGCCCACCGGACGACAACAUCGAUGAACAUGACGAGAACAGCUUGCUGUUUGACGAGCCCAUCCCCCGCAAACGCAAGAACUCCAUGAAGGUCAUGUUCAAGUGCCUGUGGAAGAACUGUGGGAAAGUCUUGAGCACAGCUGCUGGGAUCCAGAGGCACAUUCGAACCAUCCACCUCGGGCGUAAUUGUGACUCAGAGUGCAGUGAUGGUGAGGAAGAUUUCUACUACACAGAGAUUAAACUCAACACAGACUCUGUGGCGGACGGCCUGAGCAGUCUGUCUCCUGUUUCCCCAACUGUGCUGUCUCCCCCAACGGUCCUGGACCAGAGACAGCCGGACGGCACAAACGGGACGAAGAGUGAGAACAGCACCACCACCCCUCUCAGUCGCUCAGCUCCCAGUGCACUCUACUUAGUGCAUACAGACCACGCCUACCAGGCCACUGCCCCAGUCACCAUCCCCUCCACCAGCUCCACCGGCUUCACCCCCUCCAGCAACAGUUUCAGUAUCUCCUGGCAGUCCCCGCCUGUUACAUUCACUGGCACCUCUGCCUCACCCACUCACACUCGGACUCAGGGCUUCGGGGAACAGCGCUCUCAAACUAUUGCAGUGCUCUCAUCUCCCCCUCGAGCUGCAGGCUCACUCAGUAAGAAGUCCCGCGGUGAGGGGAAGAAGUGUCGUAAGGUGUACGGCAUGGAGAACAGAGACAUGUGGUGCACUGCCUGUCGCUGGAAGAAAGCCUGCCAGAGAUUUGUGGACUGAAACAGCUGUGAUAGCUGGGACAUGAAAAACUGGGCGGGCUUCCUUUGCAUGCAUAGCAUAAUUCAAAACUUCCCUUCUCUUUGUUACUGACCACAGCCCCACCCUGCCUCAUCUUGAACCUGCGUGGACCUGGGUUCAAACCCCAAUGCAUUCCCUCCAAACCCAAUGGACGCACUUCUGUCUCUUUUUGCAGAUUCCCAGCUCUCCCUUUGAGGCGAGUUGCUUUACACUGCAACAAAAAAAAAAAGCAAGAAAGUAAAAACUGUUAUGUGUUCCAUCUCUCUUUGUUUGUUUUUGAUGUACUGCUCAUUAACGUUCUUGUCAGUUUCUGAAGGACCAGCAAUGGCAGGAUCAGCCCCUGUCCAAGCUCCUUUUAAAAGAGAAGAAAGCUCAUUUUGAGACUUUGGGAGUGCUAUAAAACUGAACAGGGGAGUGUUUCUUUUUCUAUGGGCACUUCCACUUUUUUCCUGCUCAUUUUUCUAAAGGUUAAGUGUUGGACAGGCAGAAAACCCAGUUUUAGCCCUGUCUCUUUAAAGAAUGUAACGCCACAGGGGUUCGUUUUAAGAAAUCAAGGGUGACUGGACAGCUCCCUCGAGUGGGAAUUCAUCAAUGCAAAAAAUACAAGGUAUGGGAGGCCAAAUGGAUGAAAAAGACUUUCAACUACCCCUUUUAGCUGUACUGUCACGAGCAAUUUCUCCUACAACUGAGAGAUUUUAUAUCUCUGGUUUUAUAUGUGUGUUUACCAAUAGGACAUUUUGUUCAGGGAUGCGUCAGUACAAGCAAAACCAGCAGUUAAGAUUUAAGCAGAGAACUCAGUGUUUUUUGUCAUAGGAAUUGCUACCAAAAAGGGGUUUUUUUACAUGCCAUUUCCUCCUCCAUUUUUUUUUUUUUUUUGUUUGUGUGUAUAUCUGACUUCUACACAAUAAAGUAUAAAGACUACGUUCCUUAAAAUCCAACGGCAUAGACUCGCAUCAAAGCUGACGGCAGAACCGGCUGUAAAAAACAUCUGUUCAGGCAACGCAACCCUCAUUCCCACCAGACUGCAUGAGCAGGAAUUAAACUGCAUUCAUACGAGAGCCAUACAUUAAUCGACAGUUUCACAAUGCAGUUGUCUAGAGAGGGUCGACCGUUUUCAACAAAAAAGCUGCCGCAUGCCUGAGCAGCGAGUGUUAAAACUCUGCAAAAUGCUUCAUUUUAGCUCCGACAGGUGAAGAGCUCUUUUCCUCUCGCCUUUUUUCCCUGACCUCACAGGUUCAAGUAAGAAGUAAUAAAAAUAACAAAUACCACAUCCACUCCAGUGCAGAUUAACCAACCGCAGGAGAUCAACAAGCUGGAUGCACUCAAGUGUGGUUUUGUUAUUCUUGAGAAGUUGUUACAGUACACUGGUCAUGUAAGGAUGGACGUCUUUUCACGAUGGGCUUUUUCGCAUGCUGCAAAGGAUGACCAGGAUGGAGUAAAGAUUACUUAUUUAGUCCAGCGUGAUGUCACCACAGAGAUGUAUCAUUUGGUUUUGCAGCUCAGCUCAGUUGGCAAUAGUAAUCUGGCACUGUAAAUGUGGCUCUGAUACACAAGUAUAUGACACCGUCUACAUAAUACCAACACCAGCUUGUUAACUUAUACACAUGCAAACACAACAGCACUUAUUGUGGUCAGUUCAUUGUCUGUCACAUGAUUCCUCUCUUAUUCACUGUCCAUAUUAUGUUUAUAUAAGUAUAUACAUGUAUACAUGCACUUCCAACAACUUGGUUUUAUUGGUAAAACAGAGAAAGGCUUUGUUCACACUGCACACAAAUUUUGCACUGUAGUUUUGCAAGUGAAGAAAUCUAAUCUGUUCAUUUAUAUGGCAUAGUCAAUAUCUGGUGUACCUUGCCAUAGUAAUGAUGUAAGCAUCAUUUUUAUGGUGAAUGACUUUUUCGCAUACAACUGACCUGCUUGUUUUGUGUUAAAUGCGUGUCACGUCCCAAUUGACGAAUAAAACUACUUGAAAUCCGA